AUGGAAGAUAUUCGUGUGGUUGUUGCUAUAGAUUUCGGAACUACAAAUUCUGGAUUUGCUUUUGCUCACAAAGAAAGGCCCAAAGAGAGGGAAACAUAUAAUUCAUGGCCGGAUGAUUCGGGCAAAUUCAAAACACCUACAGCACUUCAAUAUGACUCGAAAUAUAAAAACGUGAUAGCUUGGGGUGUAAAUGCUUUAGUUGAAUUUCAAGAUGCAGUUGAUGAUGACGAAAGUAAUCAACUUUCGAGACCAGUGGAAUUAUUCAAAUUACAUUUACUCGAUUUAGAAGAAGAUAAACCGUGGUUACCACCUGGAUUAAAUUAUGAACAAGCAAUCAAAGAUUACCUAACUGAAAUGCGAAAAUUAGUUGAAGAAAAACUUUCUUCAAGAUGGUGCAAUGUUAAAUUUCCUAGUCAAGUUAAAAUUAUAUUAACUAUCCCGGCAGAAUGGCCUCCGCAUACUACCAGAAUCAUGCGCGAAUGUGCAUAUAAAGCCGGUUUAUUGGACAAAUUAUCUUCUAACAAUUUAGAAUUUACAACUGAACCUGAAGCUGCUGCUCUACACUGCCUUAGCGUUGUUAAAGAGCAUGAUUUAAAACCAGAAGAUUGCGGAGGUGGUACAGUCGAUAUAACGAUUCGUAAAUUACUUGAAAAUAAUGAAUUAGGUGAAAUAACUGAAAGAGUUGGUUAUCCUUGUGGAAGCACGUUUGUGGACAAAGAAUUUCUGAGAUUUAUUGGCGAAAAAGUUGGAAUAAAUGCUCUAUCAGAUCUUAAAAAGAAUCAUUAUAAGCAAAUUCAAAAUUUGGUGCAAGAGUUCUUUUGCCGCAGAAUUAAAUUUGGGUUUAAAGGAAGACAAUCAGAAUGGAGGCCAAUUAGAUUGGAUUUAUUACAUUUUUGCCCUAGUUUAGAAAAUUACGUCAUUGGUGAUCGAAAAACUGAAAUGGAAAAGGAUGGAUGGAUCAUUAAAAUGGAUUUUACACCUGUCAAGGAAAUGUUUGAUCCCGCUGUCAAUAAGAUUCUCGAAUUGAUUUCUGAUCAAUUAAAGGCCUCUAAAGAAAAGUGUUCGGCUAUAUUUUUAGUUGGAGGAUUUGCAGAAUCGACUUAUCUGUUAGAUAAAGUUAAAGAAAACUUUAGAUUUCAAGUAGACAAGAUUUGCGUUCCGACAUUACCUAUUACAGCAGUAGUCCGAGGAGGUUUAUCUUAUGGGUUAAAUAUCAACACUGUUAAAACACGUGUUCUUAAAUGGACUUUCGGAAUUGAAGUAGCAAGAAAGUGGGUUCCUGGAAAGGAUGAGGUGAAAAGGAAGUCUCCAGGUGGUUUGAUUUAUACUUUUGAAAGUCUUGUAAAGCGUGGUUCAGAAGUUGAAGUUGACAAGCCAAUCUCUAAAGUUUAUUAUCCGUUUCAAGCGAAUCAAAAAGCAGUAACUUUUAAAAUUUUUUAUACCCCAGAAGAAGGCGGAAAAUUUUGCGAUGAUCAAGGAAUGAAAUACAUAAACACCUUACGCAUUGAUAUACCUGAUAUCAAACAUGGCCUUGACCGACCAAUAAAAUUUUCAUUAACUUUCGGUAAAUUAGAAUGCAAAGCAUCGGCAUAUAAUGAAAAAACAAAAAAAAAAUAUAACGACAUAGAUUUUUAUGUGGAAGAAUAA